AUGAUGGCAACCAUCCUUCCACCACCGUCCCGUUUGGCACUCUCUCUAAAAUCUUGCUGCUCAAUUCGCUUUUUCCUUUCUAUUCUGAUCACACCUCUCUUUCCCUCUCUCUCUCUCUCUCUCUCUCCGCCUCGUAGGGAGAGGAGCAACGUUAUUUUGACUAACCACAUGCGCUUUGAAUUCAAACUCUCUCUCUCUCUCUCUUAAUUUCUCGCUGCGCUGUCAGACGGGUUUGGUAAAUUUAAUACAUCCUUUUUCCUUCUGGAGACUGUCCCUGAAGUUUGAAAGACAAGCCGUAUCAUUUUGAUCUUUUAGUUUUUUAAGCGAUCUGUUCUGUUUAAUUUUGUUGGUUUGUGCUUCGAACUGAAAGAUGUAGAAACCAGAAAAGCCAGGAGCAGAAGUAUUGAUAAUCCAGUAGGGUUUUGCUGGAACUUGAUCUCAUUCUUUCACUCUUCUCUGACUCUGUUUUGCUGAGAUGGGUGUCCUUCAUUUCUGGGUGAUGCUCAUUCUUCUGGGGUUUUGCCUCGAAGCUCAGGUUUUGAAUUCUCAGAACGUAACGUGCAAUUCAAGAGAUUUGAGGGCGCUGCAGGAUUUCCUCAAGGCUUUGGAUUCAGAUAUUGAUGGUUGGAGCACGAAUUCUUCCUCAAAUUGCUGUAAAUGGAGUGGCAUUACUUGCGAGAGCUCAUCGUCUCUUGGACUGGACGAUCCUACAAACUCUGGUCGAGUUAUUAAAUUGGAGCUGCAGGGAAGAAAAUUAGUGGGCAGACUUUCUGAAUCUUUGGGUGCUUUGGAUCAGCUCAAAACCCUAAAGCUGUCUCACAAUUUCUUCAAAGGAUCAGUUCCAAGUUCACUGUUCCAUUUGCCGAACAUAAAGGUCCUCAACCUGAGCUCUAACGACUUCUCUGGCCCAAUUCCUCCUAGCUUCAACCUAUCUUCUAUCCAAUUGCUUGACAUCUCUCAAAAUUUUAUAACUGGUUCGAUUCCAGUAAGUAUCUGUGACAAUUCUGCGAAAAUUCGGUACAUCAAUUUCGCAGUGAAUUACAUUUCAGGUAAUAUUCCACCGGCACUUGGUAAUUGUAGUUUCUUACAGGACGUCCAUCUUGAUUCGAACUAUCUCGCCGGUGCUUUGCCACUUGAUUUGUUUCGUCUUCGUAAAUUGGCCCGUUUGAGUCUUCAGGAUAACCGUUUUUCUGGGCCAUUGAGCAGCGAAAUAGGUAACCUCUCUGACCUUAUUCGACUGGACAUAUCCUCGAAUUGCUUUUCAGGAAGACUUCCUGAUGUUUUUCAUAGCUUUCCAAAAUUGCAGUUUUUCUUAGCCCAAUCCAAUGCUUUCACUGGUCAAUUACCCCCUUCCUUGUUGAAUUCCCCCAACCUUAGUUCACUUAGUUUGAGGAAUAAUUCUUUGGAAGGUCCGCUUGAUGUUAAUUGUUCGGCAAUGACUGGUUUGACUUCUCUUGAUUUAGCUUCAAAUCGAUUCUCUGGAUCUAUUCCUGAUAAUCUUCCCUCUUGCAGAAAAUUGAAAAAUAUUCAUCUUGCCAAGAACAGCUUUUAUGGCCAAAUCCCAGAAAGUUUCAAGAAUUUCCAUAGUCUCUCUUCUUUGUCCCUCUCAAAUGCUAGCAUCCAUAAUAUUACAAUGGCCCUUGGAAUUCUGCAGCAGUGCAAGAAUCUAACUAUUUUAGUUCUUACCAUGAAUUUUCGUGGUGAAGUAUUGCCUUCUGAUCCCAGUCUGCAGUUCAAGAAAUUGACGGCUCUCGUCAUAGCGAAUUGCAAACUUUCAGGUACCAUUCCUCAGUGGCUGAAGGGUUGCUCCAAAUUGCAACUGUUGGAUUUAUCAUGGAACCGGUUGGUUGGAACAAUUCCUGUCUGGUUUGGAAAUUUUCAGUCUCUGUUUUACUUGGACUUAUCAAACAACUCUUUCACAGGGGAGAUUCCCAAAAGCAUAACUGGAUUACCAAGCCUCAUAAACAGGAAUAUCUCUUUACAGGAUCCUUCACCAGAUUUCCAUUUUUUUAUGAGAAAGAACCCGAGUUUGAGAGCGUUACAGUAUAAUCAAAUUUGGAGCUUUCCACCUACAGUGGAGCUGAGUUAUAACCAACUCACUGGACCAAUCUGGCCAGAGUUUGGGAAUCUGAAGAGGCUGCACAUUUUGGAUCUCAAGUUUAACUAUUUGUCUGGAUCCAUCCCAAGUAAUUUAUCAGGGAUGAGAAGCAUAGAAACCUUGGAUUUAUCCCAUAAUUAUCUCUCUGGUACACUGCCUCCUUCAUUAGUAAAUCUCAGCUUUUUGUCAAAAUUCAGUGUUGCAUACAAUCAAUUGUAUGGAGAAAUCCCUUCUGGAGGCCAGUUUCUGACCUUCCAGAGUUCAAGCUUCGAAGGGAAUGAGGGUCUUUGUGGUGAGCAUGCUUCACCAUGUCCGUCCCCUGACCACAUUCCUUUUAAACCAGGUAGCAGAAAGAAAGAAAGCAAAGGUGGCAUCAUUGGAAUGGCUGUUGGGAUUGGCUUCGGUUCAAUUCUUUUUCUUGCUGUCGUGUUCAUGAUUGUUUUGAGAGCACCUAGACGAAGAGUGGUUGAUCCUGAAAGGGAGUUUAAUGCCAAUGAUAAAGCCUUGGAAGAAGUUAGUUCAGGGUCAGUGGUUUUGUUCCAAAACAAGGAGAAUAAUAAACAGCUUUUUGUUGAUGACCUUUUGAAUUCUACCAACAAUUUCGAUCAAGCAAAUAUCAUUGGAUGUGGGGGCUUCGGACUGGUCUAUAAAGCUACCCUCCCUGAUGGUAGGAAGGUUGCAAUCAAACGGCUCUCUGGUGAAUGUGUUCAGAUGGAAAGAGAAUUUCAAGCUGAAGUUGAAGCACUCUCAAGGGCUCAGCAUCCAAAUCUAGUACUUCUUCAGGGGUACUGUAGGUAUAAGAAUGACAGGCUUUUGAUGUAUUCCUACAUGGAGAACAGUAGCUUGGAUUAUUGGUUGCAUGAAAAACUUGAUGGAGCUUCAUAUCUAAAUUGGUAUAGAAGGCUUCAAAUUGCUCGAGGGGUGGCAAAGGGGCUGGCGUACUUGCACCAGUCUUGUGAACCUCACAUACUCCACCGAGAUAUUAAGUCAAGUAACAUCCUUUUAGACCAGAAUUUUGAAGCACAUGUAGCUGAUUUUGGUCUUGCAAGGCUCAUACUCCCCUAUGACACCCAUGUGACUACUGAUCUUGUUGGGACUUUAGGCUACAUUCCACCUGAGUAUGGCCAAACCCCUGUUGCUACUUACAAGGGGGAUGUGUACAGCUUUGGAGUUGUUCUUUUGGAGCUUCUUACUGGGAAGAGGCCUGUGGAUAUAUGCAAGCCUAAAGGAUCCAGGGAUUUGAUCUCUUGGGUGAUUCAAAUGAAGAAGGAGAACAGGGAAAGUGAGGUGUUUGAUCCUUUCAUUUAUGAUAAGCAGCAUGAUAAAGAGAUGUUACGGGUUCUUGAAAUUGCAUGCCUUUGCUUAAGUGAAAGUCCUAAAGUAAGACCUUCAACUCAACAGCUAGUUUCUUGGCUGGACAAUAUUGAUCUCAAAAUUUAGCCUAGAGAAUUCUCCUGCAUGCUGAAGUUUAGAAGUUCCAUUGCUGCCCAUCUGAAAUGCUAUUUUUUGCAUGUGAAAUGGGGAUCCUGAUGUAAAUAAUUGUUUGCAUACUCCAGCUGAGGUCACUGCUUCCUUUUAUGGAGUAGGGAGAGAGAGAUUUAACCAAAGAAACUGAAAGUCUCCGACACUGUAAGUUCUUACAUUCAAGGUUAGCUUCUUACUUCUUCUAUAUUGAGAACAAUAUUGACUCUCAAAACAUGUAUAAAAUAACUUGAUAAAAUUUUCUACAUCAUAUAGUGAUCUAUACAUACAGAUUAAGAAGCUUUACUUUUGUUCA